GGAAAAUAGGAGGUGUAAUUCGCAGCUUUUAAAAAAUGAUUCACAUUCAUCUCUGGAAAGGUUUGUGGAAGGAAGGUAAUAUGGCUACUGCUGGGCAAGUAAUUAAAUGUAAAGCUGCGGUGUGCUGGGCACCUAAACAACCGCUCAGCAUAGAAGAGAUUGAAGUUGCACCACCAAAGGCUCACGAAGUUCGCAUAAAGAUUGUGGCGACUGGAAUUUGUGGUUCAGAUGAACAUAUUUUAAAAGGAGAAAUCGGCGACAAAAAAUACCCUGUGAUACUGGGCCAUGAAGGUGCUGGGAUUGUAGAGAGUGUUGGUGAAGCAGUAACAGAUCUGAAACCUGGAGACAAAGUCAUCCCAUUGUUUAUGCCUCAGUGUAGAAAAUGCAAAUGUUGUCUAAAUCCAGACACCAAUCUUUGCUACAGAAAAGAGCUUGGGAAAUAUAAUGAAGUGCUAGCGGACAACACCACCAGAUUUACCUGCAAGGGGAAACCUGUUCAUAACUUUUCAAAUACCAGCACUUUUACCGAAUACACAGUGGUUGAUGAAAUUUCGGUUGUUAAGAUAAACCAAGAUGCACCGCUGGAUAAGGUCUGCCUCAUUGGCUGUGGAUUUGCCACUGGAUAUGGCUCUGCUGUUAAAAUAGCUAAGGUUAAACCCGGAUCUACCUGUGUAGUAUUUGGCCUGGGAGGAGUGGGUUUGUCAGUGAUUAUCGGAUGUAAAGUAUCUGGUGCUUCCAGGAUUAUAGCCAUUGAUAUAAACAGUGACAAAUUUGCAAAAGCUAAAGAGUUUGGAGCCACUGAUUUUAUCAACCCUAAAGAUUAUGACCGUCCCAUCGAUGAAGUGCUGACAGAGAUGACUGAGGGCGGAGUGGACUAUGCUUUCGAGGUCACCGGAAACACUGGAGUCAUGACAUCUGCUCUGAAAUCCACUCACUUUGGCUAUGGAAAAACUGUGAUUGUUGGUGUACCUCUUUUAUCAGCUACCAUGACAUUGGAUCCUAUGCUACUUUUAUCUGGACGUGUUCUCACUGGAUGUACUUUUGGAGGUUUUAAGAGUAAAGAUGAUGUACCAAAACUUGUGUCUGAUUAUAUGAAUAAGAAGUUUGACAUUGAUGGGCUGAUAUCACACAAAUUACCAUUUCUGAAGAUCAAUGAAGGAUUUGAACUUCUGCGUAAAGGAUAUAGUAUCCGUACAGUGUUGUGUCUUUGAAGAGCCAAAUCCUGGUCAUUAUGUGGAAUCCCGUAAUAUCGUCUUCUAGCAAGAUGCAAUAUUCAUUUAUCACAAGAAAUUUUGAUUACUUUCUAUUAUAUGACUGAAAGGUCUAAUGUUAGAGAAUAUGGUAGGUGCCCAACUUUCGCUUACUUUUAUUUCAUUUCAACCUCUGUCUG